AUGGCUAUUCGCACAAACAUCUUCCUCCCUUUGCGUGGACGCGUCGGUAUCCGGUCCUUUUCAUCAUCUCGCGCCCGUUGGGAGGCUUCCGCGCCUCUGCCGUCAAGCAAGCCUGUUGGAGCUUUCCGAGGAGGUGUCUUCGGGUUCCUAGCUGGAUCUGUCGCCGCCAGCGCGUCGGUGUACUAUUACGUCCUAGGAGAAUACAGACUCGCCAAUGAGAUGUUGUCUGAUGACAUUUCGGCACUUCAAAAGGCCACAAUCAGGCUUCAGUCAUAUAUCACGGAACUGGAGUCCAAGGUUGAUCAGUUGCACAAUAAGAAAUAA